GAACAGGAGCUCCUGGAUGCCAGUGAGCGUGUCCAGCUCCUGCACACCCAGAACACCAGCCUGAUCAACACUAAGAAGAAGCUGGAGACAGACAUUUCCCAAAUCCAGGGUGAGAUGGAGGACAUUGUCCAGGAAGCCCGCAAUGCAGAAGAGAAGGCCAAGAAGGCCAUCACUGACGCCGCCAUGAUGGCUGAGGAGCUGAAGAAGGAGCAGGACACCAGCGCCCACCUGGAGCGCAUGAAGAAGAACCUGGAGCAGACGGUGAAGGACCUGCAGCUCCGUCUGGACGAGGCCGAGCAGCUGGCGCUGAAGGGCGGGAAGAAGCAGAUCCAGAAACUGGAGGCCAGGGUACGGGAACUUGAAGGAGAAGUUGAAAGUGAACAGAAGCGCAAUGUUGAAGCUGUCAAGGGUCUACGCAAACAUGAGAGAAGAGUGAAGGAACUCACCUACCAGACUGAAGAAGACCGUAAGAAUGUUCUCAGGCUCCAGGACCUGGUGGACAAACUGCAAGGGAAGGUGAAAGCUUACAAGAGACAAGCGGAGGAAGCGGAGGAACAAUCCAACGUCAACCUCUCCAGAUUCCGCAAGCUCCAGCACGAGCUGGAGGAGGCUGAGGAACGGGCUGACAUUGCAGAGUCCCAGGUCAACAAACUGCGGGUGAAGAGCCGGGAGGUUCACACAAAAAUCAUAAGUGAAGAGUAAUGCAUCCAAAUCUUAAAAAGUGACCAAAGAAAUGCACAAAAUGUGAAAAUCUUUGUCACUCCAUUUUGUACUUUUGACUUUUUGGAGGUAAAAAAUUUAUCUGCCAA